AUGCGGGCAACUCCACGUGUAGUUGUUCCGAGCAGUGCGGUGUUUCACGGAGAGACGGGGAAUUAUUUUGACAGUACUCCCUCAAAAUAUUAUUUAUCUUCUUCUUCUUCUUCUUCUUCUUCUUCUUCUUCUUCUUCUUCUAUAUAUUAUUCUUAUAUUCUUCUUCUUCUUCUUCUUCUUCUUCUUCUUCUUCUUCUUCUUCUUCUAGCUACAUUUAUCGUGUUGCUUUGGGGUGAACUAAUCUAUCUAUCUAUCUAUCUAUCUAUCUAUCUAUCUAUCUAUCUAUCUAUCUAUCUAUCUAUCACUUUAUCCCAUAAAUAUAGCAUAUCUUAUAAACUAUAUUGCUUCAUAUACCAUAUCUAUCUAUCUAUCUAUCUAUCUAUCUAUCUAUCUAUCUAUCUAUCUAUAUGCAUAUAUAGUUAUCUAUCUAUCUAUCUAUCUAUCUAUCUAUCUAUCUAUCUAUCUAGCGCAGUGAAGUCAUAUCUCACUUUCUCUAUAUAUGUCUGUCUCUUUCUCUCGAUAUUUUUUGUAAAUCUAAAAUUCUUAGCGUCUCUCGUUCGUGCGCAUGUGUAA